CUGUUGUGCUGUUAGUCGUUGAGUUUCUCGUCGCUUGUUGCCUGUUUUGUAUCAGCGUUUCGUUUCAUCGCUUCCGAACGUUUUUAGUUACUCCACCAUGGCCGACCCUCGCGUCAGACAGAUCAAAAUAAAAACAGGCGUAGUAAAACGCUUGGCAAAAGAAAAGGUUAUGUAUGAAAAAGAAGCAAAACAGCAAGAAGAAAAGAUUGAAAAGAUGAAAGCUGAAGAUGGAGAUAACUAUGCAAUUAAAAAGCAGACUGAGAUCUUGCAAGAAUCUCGAAUGAUGAUUCCUGAUUGCCAACGCCGACUAGAAGCUGCACAUUCUGAUCUUGUUCAACUAUUAGAAAAUGAAAAAGAAUUGGAAGAAACUGAAGAAUAUAAAGAUGCACAAUCAGUACUACAAUCAAUAAAGUUAGAAGCCUAGACUGAUUUUUCACUACUUAAUGGAUAUGCCUCAGUGUUGGGUCCAUUGCUACUUUUUAAAGUUUGGUCAUUGCUGUAUAUUGUUCAAGUAGUGA